CAGAGGGUGGCAGUAAUGUACAUCAAUGAUGCUAACUUCCGUUAAACCUUUAAAGAAGAAGAAAAGUUUCCCACCGGUGCUGUUUCUGUGUUGCACACAUUUGGAAAUUGCUGCGCCAGGAUUACUCUACAAGUUUCAUAGAAUUACAGUGUCAAGUCAUCUGUGAUGGACAAGCUCCAGGGCUUUGAGUUCUGGAGAAAGACCCUGAAAGGAGCGCGCUUUGUGGUGGCACCCAUGGUGGACCAGAGCGAGUUGGCCUGGCGCCUGCUUAGCCGCCGACACGGUGCUCAGCUCUGCUACACCCCCAUGCUGCAUGCUCAGGUGUUUGUUCGUGAUGCUAACUACAGGAGAGAAAACCUCUACAAUGAGGUCUGUGAAGAGGACAGACCUCUCAUCACGCAGUUUUGUGCCAACGAUCCAGAGGUUUUUGUUAAGGCGGCCCUGCUGGCCCAGGACUACUGCGAUGCUAUCGACCUCAACCUGGGCUGUCCGCAGAUGAUUGCUAAGAGAGGACACUAUGGAGUUUUCCUACAAGACGAAUGGGAGCUGUUGGAGAAAAUGAUCAGGUUAGCCAAUGAAAAGCUGUCCGUGCCCAUCACAUGUAAGAUCCGUGUGUUCAAAGAGAUGGAGAAGACUGUCCGCUAUGCCCAGAUGCUGGAGAAAGCUGGAUGUCAGUUGUUGACAGUGCACGGCAGAACCAAAGACCAGAAAGGAGCCAUGACUGGUAUCGCUAGCUGGGAGCACAUCAAGGCAGUACGGAAGGCAGUAAGUAUUCCAGUGUUUGCAAAUGGCAACAUUCAGCACCUGAGUGAUGUGGAGCGCUGCAUUGAGGAGACGGGAGUUCAGGGAGUAAUGAGUGCAGAGGGCAACCUCCACAACCCAGCACUGUUUGAGGGAUGCGAUCCCCCAGUGUGGGAGAUGGCUGAGGAAUAUAUGGAGGUGGUGAAGCAGCAUCCACCCUGCACUCUGUCAUAUGUACGAGCCCACCUCUUCAAGCUCUGGCACCACACGCUACAGAUUCAUCAGGACCUGAGGGAUGACUUGGCCAAGGUGAAGACCCUCGAGGGCUUGGCAGAUGUCAGUAAACAGCUGAAGCUGCGUUGCCAGGAGGAGAUAGCCAAAGGAACAGACGUGGGAGAGAAGGAGAGCGGCCUGCCGUUCCCCCACUGGAUCUGCCAGCCGUAUGUCAGACCAGCACCGAAAGAGCCUGUUGCCAAUGGUAACAGCCAGGGUUCGGAGGUGAAGAAGACCGUGUGCCAGAAGAGGGCACUGGAGGACUCGGAUGGAACAGCUGACACACUCUCCAAAAACAAGCAGAAGAAGAGAUCCCGAAACCCCAACAAGAACUUCUGUCCCGAGCAGAAGCCCAAGUACAUCAAAUGUGACCAGUGUGGGAACCCAAAGGGAAAUAAAUGUGUCUUCAACCUGUGUCGAGGCUGCUGUAAAAAGAAGGCCUACAAAGAGGUGGCAGACUGUCCAAGCCACGGGCUGAGGUUCAAGACCAAGGCCGAGAAACGGAAAGCUGAGGAGGACGAGAAGGAGGGCCCUGCGACAGAGACGGAGAGAAGCAGCAGCUCCCCUCAGCCUCUGCCUGAUCCAAGUACAGAACUGCAGGAGCAGCCCAAGAUACAGCUGCCAGUAUGAGCACGACUACGGCUGCCUCUACAUGCACACACUAUAUGCAGACCAGUUAGCAUGCGUGUCAAAAGUUAAAGUGGGUUCACACAUUUCACCCAUCGUGUUCUUCAUCAAGUUGUUUUUACCUGUCCAAUAGUAAAGGCCAAAUAUUCGUCACAGCUAUUGUGUGGAACCUACUUUGAUUUACUUUCGAGGGCAACAGAGAUAUGUAACUAGAGGUAAAAGUUAGUGUGUGCAUGUAGAAGUAGCCAAUGAUCAGUCAGGAGAUACAGUAUACACAGCUGCCUCAACAACAAGUGUUCUCUGGGUAGAGAUUGAUUGUGAAAUAUGGAUGAAUGGACCCUGAUCAGCAGACCAAAACCAAACCAUAAAGUAACAAUUUUUUAUUUGUUGUUAAUUUCCAUGAUAAUGAUUAACUGUGUCUUUCUUCCUUGUCUUGUCAGACAUUGAAGAUGUUCUCUAAUGCUGUCAAAUUUUAUUUUUAAGACAAAGAUUUUAUGAGGAUAAAUGAACAUUGUUGUAUUCAAGUUUUACUGAGCUGCCAAACUAGUAGGAUCCGCUAACUGUCAGAUUUAUGGAGAACAUAGCUUGUCCCUGCAGGUUUUAAUUCCUGUAUUUAAGGUCAUGAAUAUAGGUGCAUUUUCAGCUCAUUAGUUUGCCUGUUUAUUUUGGGUGGAGGUUUGACUGUACCGCAUUAACUUAUGUAUGUGCCUUUUGAUAAGAAGAACCACUGCCAAUCCAAAUAUGAACUUGAGCUCUUGAGGGGAGAACAAAAUGUGCUCAAUGAUAAUCCUAAAGAAAUGUAUUUUAAGGUGCUGCUUGUAUAAUUGUGCAUACAAUCGAAAAACAAUUAUGACAUUUUGAGAAAGCUCUUUUCUGUCACAAAGAUAAUAAGAAGCUGAAAGUGUUUAGCCUAGCUAGGCACAAAGACUAGAAGCUAAACCUAAACUGUAUAUAAAGAUGGAUGACGCUGAAGCUGAAACGUCUCGAUUUCCCGCUGGUGGCUUGCUUCAGCGCAGGUCACCACAGGUCAUAUUCUCCACCCCUUCCAUGUUAGCAGAGGGAACGUGGGCCAAACUAAAAACCCAAAUAAUGUGUCAAAUUUUUCCCAAAGGUGGUUUGUCAUUUUAGGUAGUUCUAAUCAAGCUGAUGUGUGUUCAGAUGUGUUCGUUUUUCUGGUUUUAAGUGGUGAUGAUGAUUGAGAGUGGUUGUAUCUCAUAAUUCUAGUCUUUGUGCUAAGCUAGCCCCCUCUUAUUUCUGUAGUGAAUUCACAGACGCGUGAGCAAUCAUCCAACUCGUCUAAAGCCCCUGAAAACUUUUCUCAAAUUUUAUGUAUUUCUCUUAGACAUUGACAGUCUUAACAAACAAGCAACAAUCAAAGCUUAAGUGAAGAAAAUAAAGAAUAAUUCAUCUCGAGGUACACAUACUCUCAUACCCACUCAGUCCCGGUGUGAUUUGAUCAGAUUUCAUUGUACCCUGAACAAACAACCUGACAACUACUUAACAUCAGUUACAUAUUGAAAGGUUGAUUAUCCUCAUUGAUGCACAAAUGUAAACUUCUUAAAUUUGUCCCUGCCUACAUCAAACCAGUUAAGACAAAAAUGUCAGUACAGAAAUCUCUUGUGAAAUAACCCAACCUUUGACAGAUAAUUGAUAAAACAAGUUUUCAGGGGAUUUAAAUUAAGACAUCAAGCCCCCAAAUUGGUACCAUAGUAACUAAUUAAAGAAUGAGACCAUCUUCACCACAUGUUUUAGCUGCUGUUAACCUCCUCUCUUUGUUUUUAUAUGUGCCACCUUGUUGGAAGUAGAAGCUGAUGUGAGGCCUGAUCUUUCUGUAUACAUACAUGAAUUGUCUUGUUUUUAUUGAUGACAAAUACAGAAGACAUGAGCCUCAA